AUGAGCAUUACGCCGAGAAGUAUCGGCAAGAUACGAUUCCAGCGCAUCAUCUUCAUUCUUCUGGUUGUUGUCGUUGGUUUGGGCGUCCUAUAUGGAUCGGUCUUCAAGCGAGUCUUCUGGUGGUCUUCUUAUUGGGAUAAGAAGUCAGUUGAGCUGGCGAGAGAACCAAAACAAGAGGGAGAAAGUGAUAAACUGAAGAUAUCGAUUGAACUCAUCAUCUUUUAUAUAUUCUCUUAUCAAGAUGCUCCAUUUUUUUGGCACGUUUCAAAGGUGCUGAGCCAAGGGGCGGAGUCAGAGCAAGCUCCAGGGCGUCCCUGUUUUGAGGUAAUCGCUACUUCUAAGGUGCUGAGCCAAGGGGCGGAGUCAGAGCAAGCUCCAGGGCGUCCCUGUUUUGAGGUAAUCGCUACUUCUAAGGUGCUGAGCAAAGGGGCGGAGUCAGAGCAAGCUCCAGGGCGUCCCUGUUUUGAGGUAAUCGCUACUUCUAAGGUGCUGAGCCAAGGGGCGGAGUCAGAGCAAGCUCCAGGGCGUCCCUGUUUUGAGGUAAUCGCUACUUCUAAGGUGCUGAGCAAAGGGGCGGAGUCAGAGCAAGCUCCAGGGCGUCCCUGUUUUGAGGUAAUCGCUACUUCUAAGGUGCUGAGCAAAGGGGCGGAGUCAGAGCAAGCUCCAGGGCGUCCCUGUUUUGAGGUAAUCGCUACUUCUAAGGUGCUGAGCAAAGGGGCGGAGUCAGAGCAAGCUCCAGGGCGUCCCUGUUUUGAGGUAAUCGCUACUUCUAAGGUGCUGAGCAAAGGGGCGGAGUCAGAGCAAGCUCCAGGGCGUCCCUGUUUUGAGGUAAUCGCUACUUCUAAGGUGCUGAGCAAAGGGGCGGAGUCAGAGCAAGCUCCAGGGCGUCCCUGUUUUGAGGUAAUCGCUACUUCUAAGGUGCUGAGCAAAGGGGCGGAGUCAGAGCAAGCUCCAGGGCGUCCCUGUUUUGAGGUAAUCGCUACUUCUAAGGUGCUGAGCAAAGGGGCGGAGUCAGAGCAAGCUCCAGGGCGUCCCUGUUUUGAGGUAAUCGCUACUUCUAAGGUGCUGAGCAAAGGGGCGGAGUCAGAGCAAGCUCCAGGGCGUCCCUGUUUUGAGGUAAUCGCUACUUCUAAGGUGCUGAGCCAAGGGGCGGAGUCAGAGCAAGCUCCAGGGCGUCCCUGUUUUGACGUAAUCGCUACUUCUAAGGUGCUGAGCAAAGGGGCGGAGUCAGAGCAAGCUCCAGGGCGUCCCUGUUUUGACGUAAUCGCUACUUCUAAGGUGCUGAGCAAAGGAACGGAGUCAGAGCAAGCUCCAGGGCUGUGUUUUAAAAUGUUUUAG